AUGAACAAACUCCUUUCAACUCGUGGGAUUCGUCGGAUUUCUCAUCCACUAGUCAAUGGCUCUUCAUCCUCCUCCGUGGACGAUCAAAAGCUCCAUUACCAACUACUAUGGAGAUACCAAAUCCUAGACCCAAAUUCCGACAUUGUAACACGUUGGAACUAUAUUUUUCUCCUCACUUGUGUCAUUGCCCUUUUCAUAGACCCUCUCUAUUUUUUUCUCCCCUCUGUUGGAGCAGAUCAUGCAUGCCUCACCGCUGACACCUCCCUCCUUGCUUCGGUGACCGUUUUUCGAAGCCUCGCCGAUCUCUUCUAUGUCCUCCAUAUUGCAAUCAAAUUUCGCACAGCUUUUGUUUCUCGUAGGUCUAGGGUUUUUGGGAGGGGAGAAUUGGUAAUGGAUCCUUACGAGAUUGCUUGGAAAUAUCUCAAGUCAGAUUUUGUCAUUGAUUUUGCUGCUUCCUUGCCUCUCCCUCAGAUAAUGAAUUGGUUCAUCAUACCGAAAAUGAAGAGAACAAAAUCAGAUCAAGCAAACUAUACACUCUCCCUUAUUGUAUUAUUUCAAUAUGUUCCUAGAUUUUUUCUCAUGUUCCCUUUAAAUAAGCGAAUAAUUAAGACUACAGGGGUUGUCGCUAAGACUGCUUGGUCCGGAGCAGCAUAUAACCUUCUCCUCUACAUGCUAGCCAGUCAUGUUUUGGGAUCUAUUUGGUAUACAGCAGCUAUCAGCCGGCAGUACUCAUGUUGGAGAUCACAAUGUAUUGAAGAGAAAAAACGUUUUCCCGCAUGUCUAACUAAAUAUCUUGAUUGUUCGACGGUGCCUGACGUGGAUAGACAAUAUUGGUUAAAUAAUACUAGCUUGGUUACGAAUUGCGACCCAAGAAAUGAUGAAUCAUCUUUCAAAUUUGGAAUGUUUCAAGAAGCUUUUACUAGUGGUGUUGGUUCCUCAAAUUUUGUUCCCAAAUAUCUUUAUUGUCUAUGGUUUGGCCUCAAGAAUUUAAGCUCUUAUGGACAAAAUUUGGAAACAACCACGUUUAUUGGGGAGACACUUUUUGCAAUUUGUGUCUGCAUUGGAGGAUUGUUCUUAUUCUGCCUAUUGAUUGGCAACAUGCAGACAUAUCUACAAUCAUUGACGGUUAGAGUUGAGGAAUGGCGAAUAAAACGAAGAGAUACUGAGGAGUGGAUGAGACAUCGUCAAUUGCCACUAGCUUUGCAACAAAGGGUUCAUCGAUUUGUUCAAUAUAAAUGGUUAGCCACAAGAGGGGUUAAUGAAGCUUCCAUUUUAUGCUCAUUGCCUUUGGAUCUUCGACGAGAAGUACAACGUCACUUAUGCCUCAACCUUGUUCGACGUGUACCUUUUUUCUCCAAAAUGGAUGAACUACUACUUGAUGCUAUUUGUGAGCGUCUUGUUGCAACUCUAAGUACGCAAGGAACAUACAUAUUUAGAGAGGAUGAUCCUGUGGAUGAAAUGUUGUUUAUCAUCAGAGGACAACUUGAAAGCUCAACAACAGGUGGUGGAAGGUCUGGAUUCUUCAACUCCAUCACUCUAAGACCAGGUGAUUUUUGUGGAGAGGAAUUGUUAACAUGGGCAUUAUUGCCGAAUUCAAACCUCAACCUUCCUUCAUCUACAAGAACUGUAAAGGCAUUGAGUGAAGUUGAAGCUUUCGCACUCGGAGCUGAGGAUCUUCGAUUUUUCUCCACUCAAUUUAAGCGUCUUCAUAGUAAAGCCUUACAAGAUGCAUUUAGGUACAAUUCACAUCAAUGGAGGAUGUGGGGGGCUUGCUAUAUUCAAUCUGCAUGGAGAAGGUAUAGGAAAAGAAAAUUGGAAAAGGAGUUGAUUUUGCAUGAAAACAUGUUUGGAAAUACGUCAGAUGAUGAUUACUAUAAUCAAGGACGAGAUACUAGUAACAUUAUUUCUAGUAGAGACAACUCUUAUAAUCCUCAAACUCUAAGGGCGACGGAUUUGGCUUCCAAGUUUGCUGCUGAUACUAAAAGAGAUCUCAACCAAAAGGAAUCGAUUGAGCAUUCUUCAACGGAUGAUUUGAAGAUGCCAAAGAUGUUCAAACCUGAUAUGCCUGACUUUUGCUGA